AGGCGAAUAACGUUGUGACGCGUAGGUCCGCACUACACGAGUAGAAGAUGACUCGUGUACCAGACUCCAGACUCUUUUCACUUCCGCUGUAACUCGGCGAUCGUUUCACAACUCAACGGCGAACCGGUGAUACAAUAGCAGCUUGAGAUUGUGAACUUCCAAAACUCGGCCAUGGCGAUCGAUAUUGUUCCUCCUCUCAUCGGCGCACAGCUCAAUUACCUCGUCACUCACUCUCCUCUCCCUAUCAAGGUUGAGCAGAUGUGGUCUGGAUCCAAGCACAAUGGCUUGCUUGAUCGCUUUACUUUAGCCAUUCCCUUUUGCCUCGACUAUAUCAGAUGGGAUGUUAUAUAUAAUGCGCUUUAUCCAUUAGCGGCACCAGACAUCAUCUUUGGACCCGAAGAUGAAGGCUUUCGUCCAUACCCUCCGGUGAGUGAAGAAGGAGAUUUGAAAUCCCCGAAGAACGGUUUGUCUGAUUGGAAUUGCAAAGACCCAACUCGCCUGUUGUCUCUCAUUCUUGAACUCAGGGAAUUGUAUAUGACCUACCAGAAGAAGCGGGUUGGAGAAGUUGAUGAUGAGAGAGUGAAAUUUGAAAUUAGCACUAUAGUUCCAAGAGAGGGAAUUGAAAUGUACAUGGGCACAGGUAUUGAGAAGACAGAAGAGGUAAAAUUUGCAGUUCCUUUACUGGAUAUGGAUAUAAAUAAAAUGGUCACUGGUUGCCCCUGGCGUCACCAGCAGAAGAUAUACUUACAGAUUCGAUGGUGGGUGCAGGUUAUAUUUCCUAUUGGCAGAAAAUAUGUGCCUGCCCCUUCAGCCCCACGAUUAAAAUUGGUAUCUUCUCCUGAGCUGAAGGCUCUAUUUUCCAUUGAAGAUUUCAGGCUUCCCGCAUGGUUGGAGGGAAUGUGCAUGGCCGAAUAUCUUCCCACUUUAGAAGAGAUGCUUCAGUCACAGAUUGUAGAUGCAGUUUCAUCUAUCGAUGUUAGAAGGAUGUUUAUUGUGUCACUAGUUCCUCUAUUUGGACGGCCGGUAGAAGCUGAUCCGGUCUUUUGUAGAAAGGCAACAUAUCUGGCUUGUUCUGGGGUGUUUACAUUUUUGGUGCAUUUUUCCCUUCCACUCCAGUUCCCAAAGCAACAACCAGCUUUGAUACUUCAAAGUUCCCAGCAUUUCAAUUCUCAUGGUGCACCCAUCAAGUCACCUAUUUUGACGGAGUUUCCAUGGAGUCCCAGAUGGGAAUCAUCAGAAAUGGCUGAGCGGAUGUAUGAUUUUCUGGUGGAAGAAUGUUUGAAUUUCAAGAAGUUCUGCAAUGAGAGUAUGCUUCAGCAACGUUAGUGCAGUGCGUUGGAGACACUUUUAAUGUUCCUUGAGCUCUCACCCUUGUGAAUAGAGGAAGACAAUGUGUUAGUACAGUUUGAGACAAUUUGGGAUUGAAAAUGAUUCUCAUGUGUGAGAUGGAGGAAAAAAUCAAGAACAUUCUGACUUUGUGAUUGUAAUUCAUGGUGAGCAUUGAACUUCUUUUGACAGAAUGAUCCGGGUGAAAGGCUGUAUGAGGGAAGUUUUUCUGAUUUGCUUGUGUGUUUGUUUUAACUGUUCAUCUUGUUUCGCUUAGUGCUAAAAAAAAUAGUUUGUCUUUGGUGAA